GGCGCGGGCGGCGGGCGCGGGCGGCGGGCGGGCUGCGUGGACGGGUGCGCCGCGGCGCGCCAGUCUCGUGCCGGUAGUCGGUAGUGCAGCCGAGCGACUCCGGGAGCCGUCCCCGCCGCGUCUCGCUCGAUCGUAGUCGUAGUGCGCCCGCCGCUGGCCCGCCCCGGCCCCCGGCGCCAGAGCCCAUGGAUACCCAAAGUCAGGACGCGGCCCGCAGCCCCGCGGAGGUGCCCAACGACCCCGGGAAGAUGUUCGUCGGAGGACUCAGCUGGCAGACUAGUCCAGAAAGCCUCCGGGACUACUUUAGCAAAUUCGGCGAAAUCACAGAAGUUAUGGUUAUGAAAGACCCAACAACAAGGCGGUCGAGGGGCUUUGGCUUUAUCACAUUCGGCGACCCAUCUAGCGUAGACAAAGUAUUAGCUCAAGGAACUCACGAAUUAGAUGGCAAAAAGAUUGACCCCAAAGUGGCCUUCCCUAGAAGAGCACAUCCAAAGUUUUUGAAGUAA